GGCGGGCGCGGCAUUGUGAGGUCACUUCCGGUGGCGGCGACGCCGGUGUUGGGGCAGGCGGUAACGCGGCCCCGCGCCCAAGCAAGACCCGGACCUGCCCGCCGCCGCUAUGGCCUCGCUGCUCAAGGUGGACCCGGAGGUGAAGCUCAAGGUUGACUCCUUCAGGGAGCGCAUCACAAGUGAGGCUGAAGACCUAGUGGCAAACUUUUUCCCAAAGAAGCUGUUAGAACUUGAUGGGUUCCUUAAGGAGCCCAUCCUGAAUAUCCAUGAUCUCACUCAGAUCCACUCGGACAUGAACCUCCCGGUGCCUGACCCAAUUCUUCUCACAAACAGCCACGAUGGGCUGGAUGGGCCCAAUAUGAAAAAGAGGAAGCUGGAAGACCACGAAGAGACCUUUCAGGGUACCAAAGUGUUUGUGAUGCCCAAUGGGAUGCUGAAGAGCAACCAGCAGCUGGUGGACAUCAUUGAGAAAGUGAAACCAGAAAUCAGGCUGCUGAUUGAGAAGUGUAACACGGUCAAAAUGUGGGUGCAGCUUCUCAUUCCCAGGAUAGAAGAUGGAAACAACUUUGGUGUUUCUAUUCAGGAGGAAACGGUGGCUGAGCUUCGAACUGUGGAGAGUGAGGCAGCAUCCUACCUGGACCAGAUUUCUAGAUACUAUAUCACAAGAGCAAAGCUGGUCUCCAAAAUAGCCAAGUACCCUCACGUGGAGGACUAUCGCCGCACCGUGACAGAGAUCGACGAGAAGGAGUACAUCAGCCUGCGCCUCAUCAUCUCCGAGCUGAGGAACCAAUAUGUCACUUUGCAUGACAUGAUCCUUAAAAACAUCGAGAAGAUCAAGAGGCCUCGGAGCAGCAAUGCUGAGACCCUUUAUUAAGUGUCAGCGUUUGAAGUUGAGAACUGUUCAGUCAACUCAAGACCGUCAUUGCCUUGGUUUGUUACGUGACUAUGGAGAUGGGAAGCUUGGCUGGAAAUAGUCUUGCAUUGUUAGUUAAACUCUAAAGAAAUUCUC